AUGGCAGAAGCCAGAUUUUCUCAAGAUGAGUUGAUGUGUUCAGUGUGUCUGGAUCUGCCGAAGGAUCCAGUGAGCAUCCAGUGUGGACACAGUUACUGUAAGAGCUGUAUUACAGGUUGCUGGGAUCAGGAGGAUCAGAAAAGGGUCUACAGCUGUCCUCAGUGCAGACAGACCUUCAGUCCAAGACCUGCUUUAGCUAGAAACACCAUGCUGGCUGAUCUGGUGGAGAAACUGAAGAAGACCAAACUCCCUACAGACUGUUACGCUGGAGCUGGAGAUGUGCAGUGUGACGUCUGUACUGGAAGAAAAUACAAAGCCGUCAAGUCCUGUCUGAUGUGUCAGGAAUCUUACUGUCAGAAUCACCUUGAACAACAUGAGAGUUUGUUUAAAGGAAAGAGACACAAUUUAACGGAAGUCACUGGACGACUGCAGGAGAUGAUCUGCCAGAAACAUGAGAAGCUUCUUGAGCUUUUCUGUUGCACUGACCAGAAAUGUAUAUGUGUGCUGUGUAUGAUGGAUGAACAUAAAAACCACGACACUGUAUCAGCUGCAGAACAGAGGACAGACAAAGAGAAGCAGCUGAAGGAGAUGCAGAAAACGUUCCAGCAGAGAAUCCAGCAGAGAGAGAAAGAUCUUCAGCAGCUGAGAGAGGCUGUGGAGUCUCAUAAGCGCUCUGCACAGACAGCAGUGGAGGACAGUGAGAGGAUCUUUACUGAGCUCAUCCGCUCCAUUGAGAGAAGCCGCUCUGAGCUGAUACGGCUGAUCAGAGAUCAGGAAAAGACUGCAGUGAGUCGAGCUGAAGGACGACUGGAGCGACUGGAGCAGGAGAUCAAUGAUCUGAGGAGGAGAGACGCUGAGCUGGAGCAGCUUUCACACACACAGGAUCACAUCCAGUUCCUGCAGAGUUUCCAGUCUCUCUCAGCACCUCCUGAAUCUAUAGACAUAAAUGAUGAUCUCUUCAGUUCUCUCGUCUCUUUUGAUGGUCUGAGAGAAUCUGUCCGUCAGCUGAGAGACAAACUGGAGGAUUUCUGCAAAGAGGAGCUCAAGAAGAUCUCAGACAGAGUCACAUUCACCAACAUUGUUCCCAGAACCAGGAACGACUUCCUACAAUAUUCCCAUCAGCUCACUCUGGAUCUGAACACAGUGAAUAAACGCAUCCGUCUGUCUGAGAGCAACACAGUGAUUACUGGCACUGGCAGAGAUCAGUCGUAUCCUGAUCAUCCAGACAGAUUUGAUGUGUAUCCUCAGGUGUUGUGUAGAGAGAGUGUGUGUGGACGCUGUUACUGGGAGCUGGAGUGGAUUGGAAAUAAUGGUGUGCGUAUAGGACGGAGUAAUGAGUGUUGGUUUGGAUAUAAUGAUCAGUCCUGGAGUUUGUACUGCACUUCCUCCAGAUACUCAUUCAUUCACAAUAACAUAUGGACUGAUCUCCGUGUAAAGUCCAUCAGCAGUAGAAUAGGAGUGUUUGUGGAUCACAGUUCAGGAACUCUGUCCUUCUACAGCGUCUCUGACACAAUGAGCCUCAUCCACACAGUCCAGACCACAUUCACUCAGACGCUCUAUCCUGGGUUUAGGGUUGGUUAUAAAUCAUCAGUGAAACUGUGUUGAUGAAUCAGAAUAGAUUGCUGAGAGAUUCUACCCAUAAUGCUUCGAGCUGCUUGAUAAAUCAGUAACAGUGAGAUGCUAUAGAGUCUCUUCUCUUCAUUACAUUAAUUCUGCAGCUGAACUUCUGUCACUGAAAUAACGUGUCUGAAUAAAUGUGUGUGAUAAAUCCUCAUAGACAGUAAGAGACAGUAAGAUCAGUGUGUGAGUGUGUGUGUGUGUGUGAGAGAGAGAGAGAGAGUGUG